AUGGCUCCCGGCUACCAGGUCAGUCUCCCUCCCGUGCUCAUCGAGAAUGUCGUAUUGACGGCUGUGCAGAUGCACGCGGUGGAUGGCCGCAGGAACGGCGACCUCUACAGAGACUACAAUGACGACCGCAACGCCACUUCCCAAGACACGCUCUACACCACCAGCAACGGCGCCCCCUACCCGCACCCCUACGAGACGCAGCGCUGCGGCGAGAACGGCCCGCUGCUGCUCCAGGACUUCCACCUCGUCGACCUGCUCUCGCACUUCGACCGCGAGCGCAUCCCCGAGCGCGUUGUCCACGCCAAGGGCAGCGGUGCGCACGGCUUCUACAGGACCACCGCCCCACUCGACGACCUCUCAUGCGCCGACAUUUUCAAGCAAGGCAAGCAAUGCCCCAUCACCAUCCGCUUCUCCACCGUCGGCGGUGAGCGCGGCUCGCCCGACUGCGCCCGCGACCCGCGUGGCUUUGCCGUCAAGUUCCGCACCGACGAGGGCAACUGGGACAUGGUUGCCAACAACACCCCCGUCUUCUUCCUGCGUGACCCGGCCAAGUUCCCCCACUUCAUCCACACCCAGAAGCGUGACCCCGCCACCAACCUCGGCGGCGGCGAUGACUCGACCAUGUUCUGGGACUACCUCUCCCAGAACCCCGAGUCCGUCCACCAGGUCAUGAUCCUCAUGGGCGACCGCGGCAUUCCCGACGGCUACCGCUUCAUGAACGGCUACUCGGGCCACACCAUGAAGCUGGUCAAUGCCAAGGGCGACUGGGUCUACGCCCAGUUCCAUUUCAAGUCGAAGCAGGGCAACAGGUUCCUCACCCAGGACGAGGCCGCCACCAAGUCGCCCGACCACUCGCAGAAGGACCUGUACUUCGCCAUCGAGGACGGCAACUACCCCGGCUGGGACUGCUACGUCCAGACCAUGACUCCCAAGCAGGCCGAGGACGCGUGGGAGCAGAAGAAGAUCAACGUCUUCGACCUGACCCACGUCUGGCCGCAGGCCGAGUACCCCCUGCGCAAGUACGGCGAGUUCUUCCUGAACGAGAACGCCAAGAACUACUUCGCCGAGAUCGAGCAGUCUGCUUUCAACCCAUCGCACAUGCCGCCGGGCGUCGAGCCUACCGCCGACCCGGUGCUGCAGUCGCGCCUCUUCUCCUACCCGGACACGCACCGCCACCGCAUCGGCGUCAACUAUCAGCAGCUCCCCGUCAACGCGCCGCGCGUGCCGUACCGCAUGGCCAACUUCCAGCGCGACGGCGGCAUGGCCUUCUACAACCAGGGCAGCCGGCCGCCCUACCUCUCGUCCAUCCAGCCCAUCGCCUUCCGCCAGCGCACCAUCGACCUCAACAAGACGCACGGCCACUUCGUCGGCGAGGCCGUCACCUUCCUCUCCGAGAUCCGCCCCGAGGACUUCGUCGCCCCGCGCGCGCUGUGGGAGCGCGUCUGGGACGAGGGCGCGCGCAACCGCUUCAUCGCCAACGUCGCCGGCCACAUGUCGACCUGCCGCAAGGAGGACAUCAUCAAGCGCCAGAUCGCCAUCUUCCGCGAGGUCUCGAACGACUUGGCCACCCGCCUCGAGCAGGCGACGGGCGUCAAGGGGUACCCCGGCAUCGCCGGUCUGCGCUUCAACGGCUGCCACAACGGCAUGGCGACGAAGCCGGAGCUCCGCGCCGCCAACGGCCAGACCGAGGCCGUCACGACCAGCGCGACGCCCAAUAACGGUGCGCCGAGGGCGGGCACGCACAAGGAGGAGUUGCUGAAUGCUACGAACUGA